UUUUCCACUAGCUUUUUGGAGACUGGGAAUCUCAUUUGCGAAGGAUAAUGAAGUUGCUUGCUGGUGGAGGAUUGUCCAUCACAGGAUCCCACCACAUGUGCGGCGACUAUCUGUACAGCGGUCACACCGUCAUCCUGACGCUUACAUACUUAUUUAUCAAAGAGUAUUCCCCACGGCGACUCUGGUGGUAUCACUGGCUUUGCUGGGCGCUCAGCAUGAUUGGGAUGUUCUGCAUCCUCCUUGCUCAUGACCACUACACUGUGGACGUGGUGGUGGCUUACUACAUCACUACAAGACUUUUCUGGUGGUAUCACACAAUGGCCAACCAGCAAGUACUAAAAGAAGCUUCCCAAACUAACCUCCUUGCAAGGGUCUGGUGGUACAGGCCCUUCCAGUACUUUGAAAAGAAUGUCCAAGGAAUUGUACCUCGCUCCUACCACUGGCCCUUCCCCUGGCCGGUGCUGCACCGGGGCAGGCAGGUGAAAUACAGCCGCCUGGUGAAUGACGCAUAACAGUGAGUCUACGGACAAAAUAGGGUGGGGAAGGACCUGUCCCAAGUGCUAAGAACUCCGAGAAGAUGCCAUAAAAAAAUAAAUCAACUGCUCCCUAACCCUUUCUUUUAACAGUUCCCUUGACUUAACCUAUUCAGUUACCUGGUAAGCACUGUGAUCUUUUUUUCUCUCCAAAGGAUCUGCAUUGGACAACAAUAAAGAAAAUAUAACUUAACAUGUACUGUUAUACAUUUCUUGUUAGUAGAUUUGGGAUUUCCAUUUCCCCAUCACCAUGUUCCUUUGUAUAGAAUGCGACAGCAUAAAUGAAAGCUUUUAUAUCAUAAGUUCUGGUCUUUCCAGUCACGUCUGGGAAUAAAGCAUAUUAUUUUCUUGGGAAAACAUACUUUUCAUAUCUCUUGCCCCAAAGAUUGGGCUGUAAGCCAUUUUCUAGCAAAUUACUAUAUGAAGGUUUCUAAAUACCUGCCUUGGGUAAAAUCGAGAAAUCUUUCUACCUGUUGCACUGCGCUACUAAUGAGAUGAUAGACACAGGAAGGUUUGAUAAUCUUUGAUUUUGUAGAAUCUGCAGUGACUGUGUCAAAACGUGCAAAAAAAAAAAAAAAGAAGAAAAAAAAGUUGUAAAGUUAUUUUCUAAGUAUUUCCUAACUUUAUUUUUCAAAAUGUGUAUGAAAAUUAAAUUUAAAAAGAUUUUUACAUGUCAGAGAAUAGAGAGUUAAAAUUUAAAGAAAAAGCUUCUUGGGAGAGAGAGAGAUUUGUCUAUGUUUCUAGUGCCUUUCUUGUCUUGAUUGUAUGGUCAGUAGGCAGUCUUAAAUGUUUUUAUUUAAAAUAAAGUAUUCCAUGAAAGCAGAGUUAUAUAUACUGUAUAAUUACUAAUUUUUGCAUUUAUAGCUAAAUUAAACUGGAAAUUUGCUUCUAAUGUUGAAAUGGCCAAAAUGUAGGGAAGAAAACCAAACAAAAAGGGUCCGAUCUGGCUCACACAUUGUGGGCAGGUCACACUAGAAGGUAUCACUUUAUUGUCUACUUGGUAGCUAGAUUUUAAAGAGAAAAAACAGCCAUGAAUUCCUGUUUUUUAAGAAUUUUACUAUGAAAUUUAACUAUGAAUGGUUUCUCCAUCCCCUAUUGAAAUGUUGUUGCAAAACAACAAAGAGAAUCUACUUCUUUAAAAUAUUUGUGCAGAAACUGCAUGUAGCUCUAAGUUUUUCACUCCUACCAUACAUACUGUAUGUUUGGGGAAGUAUUCUAUCCUAAACUUGCCAAUGUGCAGAACAAAAUAAUUUU